CAGGUUGAAUGUAGUCUUCAGAGUGGGUUUGUAAAGAGAUGGAGCUGGUUUUAUCAAGGUGAUUGUUAUUCCAGGUUGAAUGUAGUCUUCAGAGUGGGUUUGUAAAGAGAUGGAGCUGGUUUUAAUGAGAUGAUUGUUAUUCCAGGUUGAAUGUAGUCUUCAGAGUGGGUUUGUAAAGAGAUGGAGCUGGUUUUAAUGAGAUGAUUGUUAUUCCAGGUUGAAUGUAGUCUUCAGAGUGGGUUUGUAAAGAGAUGGAGCUGGUUUUAAUGAGAUGAUUGUUAUUCCAGGUUGAAUGUAGUCUUCAGAGUGGGUUUGUAAAGAGAUGGAGCUGGUUUUAAUGAGAUGAUUGUUAUUCCAGGUUGAAUGUAGUCUUCAGAGUGGGUUUGUAAAGAGAUGGAGCUGGUUUUAUCAAGGUGAUUGUUAUUCCAGGUUGAAUGUAGUCUUCAGAGUGGGUUUGUAAAGAGAUGGAGCUGGUUUUAUCAAGGUGAUUGUUAUUCCAGGUUGAAUGUAGUCUUCAGAGUGGGUUUGUAAAGAGAUGGAGCUGGUUUUAAUGAGAUGAUUGUUAUUCCAGGUUGAAUGUAGUCUUCAGAGUGGGUUUGUAAAGGGAUGGAGCUGGUUUUAAUGAGAUGAUUGUUAUUCCAGGUUGAAUGUAGUCUUCAGAGUGGGUUUGUAAAGAGAUGACGCUGGUUUUAAUGAGAUGAUUGUUAUUCCAGGUUGAAUGUAGUCUUCAGAGUGGGUUUGUAAAGGGGAUGAAGCUGGAAGCUCCGGUCAAAGGUUGUCCUGGGACGUACUGGAUUGCUUCUGUCGUCAUGACAUGUGGUCAGCUCCUGCGUUUGCGCUACCACGGUUACGAGAAUGACAGCUCCGCAGAUUUCUGGUGUGACCUAAUGACCUCAGAAAUUCAUCCAAUUGGGUGGUGCUCAGAAAACAAUGGUGUGCUGCAACCACCGGAAGCUGUUGUUAAUAAACUGAAGUGUACAGAUUGGAAGGAAUACCUGAAGAAUAGUUUGACUGAUGCAAAAACUGCUGCAUCAUAUCUCCUUGAUAAGACGACAGGGUCCACUCCGAUUGACCAGCUGAAGCCGGACAUGAAGCUGGAGCUGCAGGACAGUGUGAGUCCGACCUACGUUUGGAUCGUCAAGGUCGUCGAGAACGUGGGCGGCCGCCUCUACUUACGCUACGAGGGCAUCGCAUCCGGCAGCGCAGACUUCUGGCUCUUCUACCUCAACCACCACCUCCACCCCAUCGGCUGGUGUAAGCAGAAGGGAUACAAAUACAAACCACCCAAAGGACACCUUGAAGAUCACAGUGCCGCAGAAAUCCAGCAGAUCCUGGAUGAAUCCAACAAACAAGCGGAGGAACAGAUGCUGCCAGCCGAUAUAUUUAAGGACCAAAUAACCAUUCCACAACAUACAUUCCACGUCGGCGAGAAGCUGGAAGCUGUCAACCCUGAGAGUAGAAACCAGAUCUGCCCAGCAACUGUUGUCAAGGUGUACGACAGUUACUACUUCCUCAUCCAGAUAGAUAACCUAGAGAAAACGAAGAGCAACCAGUUAAAAAUCUGCUGUCACAGCAAAACUCCGACUAUCUUCCCAGUCCACUGGUGUCAGUGCAAGGGACUCCGACUUACACCGCCACCAGGCUGGGACAAAGCAACUCCAGAGUUCAGCUGGCAGGAAUACCUUGACUUUUGUAAAGCUAGCCCUGUUCCAGAGUCAGCUUUUGCAGUGGAGACGACAAAGCACCAGUUUGAGAAGGGUAUGAAGCUGGAGGCUGUGAACCCUGACUACCCGAACCAGAUCUGUGCUGCUACCAUCACCAAGAUUAUCGACCGCCUCAUGUGGAUUCACCUUGACAACAGCAUGAAGAUCGUCGCCAGUCACAUCGAGACGGCUGACUCACACAGUCUCUUCCCCGUCGGCUGGUGCGAGAGCAAUGGCUACCAGCUGAAACCACCGAGAAAACUUGGGCUUACCGGGCCCAUCAGAAAACGGGUUGCGGUUGUUCAACCAGCAGAGGCUGAUGAAGAUAACUGGAAUGAAGGAGACACAUACACUCAAGUGAAAAAUAGCAGCAAUGGAGGAAACAACUGGUGUCCGAAGAUCUUCUUCAACCACAAGUGUUUCUCGGGCCCAUACCUGAGCAAGGGGAGGAUAGCGGAGCUGCCCAAGUGCGUGGGGCCGGGGCCGAUCAAGCUCGUCAUGAAGGAGGUUCUCACCAUGCUGAUCAACGUGGCGUACAAGUCGUCACGCGUCCUGCACGAAAUCCAGAUGGACGGCAAACCCAACCCAACCAUGUUUCAGCAAAUACUCAAAGCAAAAUACAAGAACAAAUCGUACCGCGCAGUGGUGGAGAUCUGUAAAACGACCGCGCAGCUGGAGGAGUUCUGUCGACAGAUCUGCAUCAAACUUGAGUGCUGUCCGUAUCUGAUCAGCGAACACUUCGUCAACGGGAACUGUCCCGAGAACUGUGACCAGCUCACCAAGACCAAAUACACCUGCUAUCUGGGUAAGAAAAAGAAGGGACCGGGCCGGCCUCCUGGUGCUUACACUAACCUCACAGAUGGUGAAAAACGACCGGGGAAGCGAAAAAAGAAGAAGAAAGUAAACAUCAUCAACAAGAAAAGUCCACCGUCUCCCGAAGGUGCUGGACCACAGUUUGAUGAGCAGGAGUUGUCUCCUCCUGCUGAGACGACGCGGCGGGUGAAUGGGUUGAACACAAACGGGUGGCAGGAGACUUCCAGCAGUCUGAAGACAACAUUCAAACGGAAAUAUAUCCACCACGUUGUCCCGCCCUCUGAAAUCCAGACCCGCGGAGCCAAGUUGCCAAAGUACAGCUUCGAGAAGCGCACUCACAAGAAGAUAAUGCAUGGAUCUCAUCACACCGCACACAGCAUUCAUCACAGCUUUCACACGCGCUUCAGCUCUGCAAUCAAAUCAAAACUACACACAAAACUUCACCCCGACAAACACGGGUCGAGCCUGAUGGCGGCGUACAUCCCCAAAGCAAGCUUGAAGAAGGAGGAGGUGCUGAAGCUGGAGAAGAACCCGCUCAAGUGGAGUCUGGGUGACGUGGUGGAUUUCAUCAAAACAACCGACUGCGCUCACCUCGCACGCAUCUUCAAGGAGCAGGAAAUAGACGGACAGGCGUUGCUUCUACUCACCUUACCCACAGUUCAAGAACAUCUCGACUUGAAGCUGGGACCAGCUAUUAAACUGUGUCAUCACAUCGAACGAGUCAAAAUUGCUUUCUACGAAACCUACGCCAAAUGAUUUGAAAGAAUGUGUUGUACAUGUCAUGUGUUCAUCAUGGUAGUCGUGUUACUGUAUUUGUCAACCAGCUGGGGCAAACACCAAAACUGUCAGGCCAAUAAUGUCACCAAAAUACAUUAUGGCCAAUAAUGUCAUCCAAAUACAUUAUGGCCAAUAAUGUCAUCCAAAUACAUUAUGGCCAAUAAUGUCGCCAAAACACAGUCUGGCCAAUAAUGUCACCAACACACAUUAUGGCCAAUAAUGUAACCAAAACAUUAUGGCCAAUAAUGUCGUCCAAAUAUAUUAGGCUAAUAAUAUCGCCAACACAUUCUGGCCAAUAAUAUUGUCAAAACAUUUUGGUCAAUAAUGUCACCAAUAAUCAUUGUUUUGGCCAAUAAUAUCAUCAAAACAUUUGGACCAAUAAUAUCACCAAAACUAAAUUUUGGCCAAUAAUAUAAUCAAAACCUUUUUGGUAAUAUAAUAAAAAAACAUUUUGUCCGGUAAUCGCACUAAAACACAUUUUGUCCAGUAAUCGCACUAAAACACAUUUUGUCCAGUAAUGACUCUAAAACACAUUUUGUCCAGUAAUCGCACUAAAACACAUUUUGUCCAGUAAUCACACUAAGAUACAUUUUGUCCAGUAAUCGCACUAAAACACAUUUUGUCCAGUAAUGACUCUAAAACACAUUUUGUCCCGUAAUGACACUAAAACACAUUUUGUCCAGUAAUGACACUAAGACACAUUUUGUCCAAUAAUCGCACUAAGACACAUUUUGUCCAAUAAUCGCACUCGAACACAUUUUGUCCAAUAAUCACACUAAAACACAUUUUGACCAAUGUUUUGUGUUUGAGGGAAUCUAUAUUUGCCGAAGACAUUUUAAACUCAAGUAUUCCUUAGUUUGAAUACUCAUCAAUUUGAAUACUCAUGUGAAGCACUUGUGUUAGGCAGCAUGUUUUUAUUUACUGCCAUUCUUGUCAUAAAUUAUUGAAAUCUGUUGGUGUGAGGUGAAACACCAGAGGCAAAUCAAAUUUAAGAUAUUUUAUUGUCAUGAUUUGUGUUUGGAGGUAGAUUUGUACGAAUCCACUAGGCAGUCUCUGAUCAAUAUGUUAAACAAACUGCACACCGAGGAGACUCGCAGCAAGAGACAGAGACACAUUCACAAUGAUUUUGGGCAGGGCUUUUAGUAUUUUGAUAAAAUCCACUAGCCAUGGGAUCAAUGCUUUUACAAAUUUACUAGCCACGAUUAAAAAUUGAUAAGCCCUACUUUACUUUAAGUUAAUACAAUUUUAUUAAAUAAUAGUAAUAAUUGGAUAUGUCACCUAAAGAGGGAGAUAGAGCUGAAAAACAUUAACAUUGGACGAUUGGGGUAGGGGCAGGAUGUUCAUAUUUACAAAAUAGACUGCAGCAUUUGACACAAAAUAAUUCACUAGCCAUCAGGCAUGGCAGUAGUAGUUUUUCACUAGCCCAACAUUGAAUAUCACUAGCCAUGGAAGUGGGGCUACCAUAAUCUAGAAGCCCUGUUUGGGGGAUGUCUCGAGCCAUUCAAGACACAUCGGCAAUGGCUCAAGGCUAGCGCGUCUCCAGUGGGAAAGGCCACAAACGGACAAGAUUAGGACAGGUCUAGUUAACGAUGGUCUAGUUUUCAUUAAGUACUUCCAUUCAUAAUUUUGGUGUUUGCUCUGGUGGGAUACUACUGAGGAGAAUUGUAUUCAUUUGUGUGACCGUGUUGAAACCAGUGUCUAACUGUGUUGAAAUGCUUUUUGUUUUCUGAGUGUGAUAAGUGUUUGUGGUGAUCUAGUCGGCGAGCUCUAGGUGCUAUCCUGUAUAUACACAGAGAGAACUACAGCCAUGUUGCAAAUUGAACAUAUUCAGUAUUAAUUUAUUAUUUUCAUCCACAUCGUUGUGCGUACUCGUGAAAUGGUCGUGUUGAAUUGUUUUGGAGUACAAUUGUUUUGUUUGUAGAUCAUUAGAUAUAAGAUAUUUAUUUAAGCUUGUUGUCCUGUUACUUUGUUAACUCGUCGGGCCAUUUGUCUAAUCAUCUUAUGCCCUGGUGUGUCUUUUUUUCAUAAUUUAUUACAUUUAAGAUUCUGCUUGUUAAUAACGAAUUAGUGAUUCAAUGUUAAUGUAGACUUUAUGACUGUUUCUGUCUCAACUCGCACAAAAAAAUCAAUUCUAUUUUGUACAUAAAUGUUUUAUUAGAAUCAGUUAUUCCUAACUUUGUAACAGAAUGAUUGAAUCCUUAGUUAUCUUUUUUUUAAUGUGCAAGCAUGAUUUAAUGACAGUGUUAAAUCUGAAUGACAAAACCUUUAUCCAUAAUCAAAACCGUAUCUUUGCAGAAGGCAGUCAUUUGUUAAAAUUCAUCUUCAAGUAAGAAGAAUGGUAUUUAUUAAUUGAGCUGAAAAAAAUAUUUAGUAAAAUGAAUACCAAUGGUGAUAAAUAUGACUGGAGGUAUUUGUUUUUUUUUCCCUUUGCUAUUUUUCAGUAUUCCUGUUUAAAGCAGGUAAUAAGAUGUUUCCUUUGUAAUUGUGUUACCAAUGAACUGAUAUAUAAUGACAUCCUAAAACAAAAUAUAUAUCGGCUAUUGGGUGUUAAAGAAAGGUAAGUUCUUAUGUAAUGGUAAAUGCUUCCAUGAUGUUGGGGGAAUAUGCCAGUGAACGUAUUGUGUAAUAAACUGUUAGUAAGUGGAACUAAAUGGAUGUCCGUAAAUGAUGCCCAAGAUGGUUAAUAUUGUAAUGGAUUAAUGUCGAACUCCAUAACCACAAACAUAUUUGUGAAACGUGGGUUUUAUUUUGUAUGUUAGAAAAGGUUUUUUUGUCACAAUGUUUUUGUAAUUUAAAAAUGUUGAUAAUAUAUAAUCUGGUCCCAAAAUAAUCUGUUUUGCCAAAUAUCCUUUAACAGAAAGUAUACAGUAAUAUUUAUAUAUAUACAUAUAUAUAUACAUAUAUAUAUACAUACAUAUAUAUAUAUAUAUAUAUAUAUAUAUAUAUAUGUGUGCGUGUGUGUGUAUAUGUAUAUGUAUAUAUAUAUAUAUAUUUUUUGGAAUCUGUUUGUGAUGAACAAUAGAAAAGUCUCUCGCACUAAUAUAUCUAUUGAUAAAAGAACGUUCGGUAUUGUAAAUUAAAAAUUUCUUUUUGUAACAUGAAUGUCUCAGAUUCAUAGUAACUUGCAUGAUUGGAGACCUGCCUCUGUUGUACAGUUGUUAAGCCACGAGGCUCAAGCUUGGUAGGUACUGGUUUCGUAUCCGAGUAUUGUUCGUUUUGUCCCAGUGUGUGAAUAAAGAAUGUAUUACUUACUAACUGGUAUCAGUGUGUUAACCAGCACUGUUGAACCCCGUUCAAUGUACAUUGUCUUAAAAACCUUCAGCUUACGGUCAAUCAAAAAUGCUGCAACUUGUUAACUCAUGAAAACGACUUUUUUUUUAUGGAUUUAAGUCAAAUAUAUUUUUAAAUGUAAUUUAACAAUACAAACGAAGACUCCCAAUAUAAUGGGUUGGGUGACAACUGAACGGUGUUGCCAAUGGUGGUCUUAUUAAAACCAAACAAAUUUUUGUACCCUUCCAGGUAUAUUUUACUUCAUGAAUUUAGUGCCACAUGUAUGUAUUCCUACACUGUUACGACAUAUCAGUAUUUAUAUCCUGUAUACCACUAUAUACCAUCAUCUUCAAUAGUCACAGCCUUCGGUUCCAUGCACGUGAUUUGUAAACAUGUUGUUCUCUGUUGUUGGAUGAAAGUUGCAUUAAAACAAAGUACGGAAA